CCUCUCAGAUGAUUCGUUAUUGUUCACACAGUGUGUGUUUGAUCGAGUUUCCCUCUUCUCUUCUAAACCAGGAAAUGUUUGAGAUGUCGAGCGGAUGUUGAGUGUCUCUGUGUCUUCAUCAGCAGCGCGGGUGAGAUCGAGCUCCAUCAGUAAUGGGUGAACAAAGCAUCUGUCAGGCGCGGGCCACCGUCAUGUUGUAUGAUGACGGCAGUAAGCGCUGGUUACCGGCUGGUUCUGGUGCUCAGUCCAUCAGCAGGGUUCACAUCUUCCAGAACCCCAGUAACAACAGCUUCAGGGUGGUGGGACGCAAACAACAGGCCGAUCAGCAGGUGGUCAUUAACUGUCCUCUGAUCCGAGGGAUCAAGUAUAACCAGGCCACUCCUACGUUCCACCAGUGGCGGGACGCACGGCAGGUCUGGGGUCUGAACUUCGGCAGUAAAGAGGAUGCGGCUCAGUUCGCCAGCGGCAUGAUGCACGCUCUGGACAUGCUCAGCGGAGACGCCGGUGCAUGUCCUCUUCCUCCUCGACCGCCUCAGAACGGCCCGAGCGCUGAGGAGAUAGAGCAGAAGAGGAGACAGGAGCAGCAGGAGAGAGAGAGACUGGAGAGAGAGAGACAGGCGUCUGCUGCUCCGGCCCCGCCUCCUGGUCCUCCUCCCGCUCCUGGCCCCGCCUCUGCACCUCCUCCUCCCCCUGGACCUCCACCCGCUCCAGGACCCCCGCCUCCCCCCCCACCACCUCCUCCUUCAGGAGGAGGCCCGCCGGCCCCCCCACCCCCACCCUCAGGAGGAGGAGGAGGAGGAGGAGGAGGAGGAGGGUUAGGAGGAGGUGAUGGAGGUCUGGCCGGGGCGCUCGCUGGAGCAAAACUACGCAAAGUGGCCAGGGACAGUGACAGUGGAGCAGCAGCUCCUGCAGCUCCUGCCAGCUCAGGAGGAGGAGGAGGUGGAGGAGGAGGAGGAGGAGGUGGACUGAUGGGAGAAAUGAGUGCAAUUCUCGCUCGACGGAAAAAAGCUUCUGACGCUCCAGUGGUCAAGAAGGAAGAAACAAGCAGCGUGAGUCGUGCUGAUUCUGUGAACAAUGACUCCAGAGCUGCAGACAAACCAGAUGUGGUGAAGAAGCCCUGGGAGAAACCGUCGUCUGUGUCACGGGUGAAUUCAGCUUCUAAGAGUCAGGACAAGAGCCCGGUGUCUCCCGCGACUGCGGCUCCAUUGAACAGGACAAGACCCGGCAGCAGCAUAGGAGACGCCACAGACAUGGAGAAAUUCAAACAGGACAUCCUGGAGGAGAUGCGCAAGGAGCUGCAGAAGGUGAAGGACGAGAUCAUCAGCGCUCUGCUGGAAGAGAUGCAGAAGAUCAAUGUGUAGCUGCGCAUCAGGAAGAUCUGCACAAACCUCUGCGCAGAACCACGAACACAAGACGCUUCCUUCUCAUGCUUCAAGAUGCAAGAAACUCACUCCUGCACCGACACCUUUGUCGUUUUACACCCGCUGCCUUUCACUUCUCUUUUUUUGUGAAUAUUAAUGAUGUCUUUUAAUGUGUUUCUGAUCCGCUGCUGUCUCUUGCAUUUGUGUUUUAAUCUCAUCUGUUUACAUGUAUCUAGAGACGUGUGACUAGUUGUUUACGUCUGUAAUGAUCAGAAAGCGUGGGAUUCUGUGUAAUUGCAGGUUAAUUAUCAUGCACUGUUAUGUAAACCGUGUUUGACCGGCAGGGGUUUUCAAACCAGGUCUUGAAAA